CUUUCAUUGCCCAAGUACGGUUCCAAUCCAAAGAACACAAGUCACCAAGAACGCCAAAAAUACCCGGAAAUUAUUUUUUGUCUGAAAAUAGGGAAUGGAAUACAUUACGUAACCAUCGUUUGUUUUUAUUUUUUACAGUAAACAAAAAAGAUGCACUGCUACACAUGGCGUUUUUGUUCGAAGAUGAAAUUACCAAUCAGAGACGAGAACUGGUUGGGAGGUCGUGACGAUGCAGAAUGCAAUGCGGAAAAGGGCGCUGUGCAAUACAAUAGCCUUGGUAGGCUAUAACAACAGACACGAAGGGCAUCAAAUAAAACAAAGCGAAAAGGUCCCACUUUGAUGGAUUGCAUCCAACGACAGGUGAGGUGUUUGCUGUGUAUACGCUACGCAUGUCGACCCACACAGAGAGGCAAACACACCAUCAAAGUAGACGCAAUACUUGAUGAGUUGCAAGCUUCCUGUCUGCUGGCCCCUGUCCUCCGUUGAAGAUGAGCAGCUGUCUGUCACUACUGUCACUGUGCCACCCCCAGUGUUUCACUGUGAAGCACUAAAACAUAUUGUAUAGGGUAUAGAAUGAGUUGACAUGUUGAUGGGCCCCGAUGAGUAACAGACAUAGCUGUCACAACCAUGGAAUGCCUUUUCUGUGACACCAGAUUAAAUCACAUCAGAGCUGCUGAUUAGCACACAAGUGCCGUGAGCGCUAGGACCAGUCUAACUCCUAGUUGUUAGACUGGUUUUCAUGUAAAAUAUGUUUGUGUUUUAGUCUGUAGUACUCAGUACUAAUUGAAUGCAUGGUUUUAGGACCUGAUUAGGGAGCCCCAAAUACGUUUUCUGAUUCAUUGUAAUCUUUUAUGAAUUUUGUGUUUUAAUGCCGGGCACCUGGUACAUGUGGAAGUGUGGCCAUGGAUGAGACUAUGGAGUUUCCCGUCAGUCCAGAGUGAAAGCAGUUCGCCAUGACCCCCCAGGCCCAUAACACAGAGGGGGCGUCUUGUGGCAGAGGACGGAUGCUCCUUCCUAAUGUAGACCCCAGGAAGAAGCACUACCUGUGUGGCUCCUGUGCUGCUUUCACCAACAUCGUGGUCACCUUCCCCAUACACAAGGUGUUGUUCCGCCAGCAGCUUUUUGGGGUGGGUGUGAUGGAGGCAGUGUGUCAGCUCCAGCAGGACGGCCUCAGGACCCUCUACAGAGGUCUCCUUCCCCCCCUUCUCCAGAAGACCACAACCGUGGCCAUCAUGUUUGGACUGUAUGAGGACUUCUCCCGUCUGCUGCCUCAACACACGGGUGCGCCAGAGCUCCUCACUCGCAGUGUUGCCGCUAUCCUAGCAGGCACUGCCGAGGCCGCCCUCACACCAUUCGAGCGUGUCCAGACCCUACUCCAAGACCCCCGGCACCACGCCCGCUUUCAGAACACGGUCCACACCUUCCGAAUGCUCCUGCAAGAGCAUGGCGUGCGCGAGUGCUACCGUGGCCUUGUCCCCAUCCUGCUCCGCAACGGCCCAAGUAACGCCCUGUUCUUCGCACUACGCGGCCCCCUCAAGGACCUCCUCCCCCAGGCUGACUCCCACGCCGCACACCUCCUCAGCGACUUUGUCUGUGGGGGUCUUCUGGGGGCCUUCCUGGGGGUCCUUUUUUACCCUCUCAACGUGGUCAAAUCCCAUGCCCAGGCGCAGAUCGGGGGCCACUUUCCAUCCGGAAGGGAGGUGCUGGCGGCCAUUUUGAAGGAGCGGGGCGGGCGGGUGGUGCUGCUGUUCCGCGGUGUGCACCUGAACUACCACCGCUCUGUGCUGUCCUGGGGCAUCAUCAACGCCACAUAUGAACUGCUGCUCAAGGUGCCCUAACUGCCGAACAGCACGCCGUGCAAAACCCUAAUAAUACUAAUAUUAGUUUCUAGUAUUACUUAUUUUAAUUGCUGUUCAAAUUAAUGAUGCCACCUAUCAAAGCACACUGGCAUAGCAAGAGGUGGUAUGAGUCGAGAAGUAUAACCCCCCAACCCUAACCCCCCUCCACACACACACACACAAGAUGGUAGUCUUCAGACUGGGGGGAGAUACAUAAUGAACUAAUGUCCUUUUGUUACCCAUAUAUGAAUAGAUAAUUUAGACUGAACCAUUGAGCCUACCUCAACUUGGUGAAAAAUUACAUAGUAACAAUGAUGGUAGUGGACAGUUUUCUACUGCAGGUGUGUGUGUGUCAGACUGAUCUGUUAUUUAUUUAAAUUUCAAUGUUCAACAUUUCAGAAUGUUCUGUGUCUGGAAUCUGCCAAAGAGUCAUUCAGGGCCCACUUUAUUGACAUGAGAACCACACCGUUAUUUCUUUAAUUAUUCCAGAUGACUUCAGCAUAUGACAACAUUUAACAUAAUUCAAAAAUAUUUGAUCUUACAUCUCACGCAAUCUCAUUACACACACUAAUAUAGUUCUCUGACUUGGCAGUUUUUCAAACCAGGGCGGUGUGACCUAUUUAGUACUCCUCUGAAUUACAGUUUUUCUCGAUUGGUUACACACAUUUUCUGAAUGCAUACCUCAUACUCUCAGAACUCUACACACAAAUCAAAAAAACACACACACAAUGGGCAAAACCCCUCACUUCUCCUACAAAAUUAAACUUAACAUUCAAAACAAUGUUAUUUAAUCUCAAAAUGGUAUUUUGUUUUAAAAUGACAAACACAGACCAUCAUAUGAAUAGACAUUUAUAAGAACCAUUUGAACACUGAUGUGCUCCAUGUAAAACACUAUGAUGAAUGGAAAACACUUAUUCUUCAUUCAUCAUAGUGAGUUAGGCCUUUUUUUGUUCAGUGUUACAUUUACUACAGACAGUACAUACAUACGUGUGUUGUAAAAUAUUUGAGAAUAUUGUUUUUAUACUCAGAACACAGAAAUACACGGUAACAAAUAUAUUUUACAUAUAUGUACACAGUGUACAUCCCAACCAACACAAAGUUGCACAUACAGUGGUUUACAUACAAAACAACUGAAUAAUUUACUGUAUAGUGUAUACAGUUACAUUAUUAUUAUUUUUCUUUGUAUUUGCCGUAAUUUUAUGGCGUUAUUUUCUAGGACCAUGUUCAUGAUUUCAGUUUCCUGUUCAGGAGACAGAAGGCGUUCCCGACCACCUUGUGUUGGUAAUCUUUCAGUUCUGACAAACAAAUAGUAAAAUACUGUAAAUACUGUGUAGGAAUACAAAGUAGGAAUACAUUUUCCAAAUACUUGAAACAUACUUUAUUUUACAGUCCUACAGAACAGUCCACAGGCAAUACUGUACUACUGUACUCAUUGAGUACUGUAUUGAUAUGCAGUAGGCCUACUGCAAUUACAUUUACAUUUAGUCAUUUUUGUAGUGAGUGUAGAUUUCUUACCUAUUCUCAUUUCGGAAAGUCCCGAUGAUGGAUGCUACAGUGUACCUGCUCAAAUUUGUCUGUACUCUUUGCCCAGCCUCCCUCAUUGUUAGACCAUGGUUGACUACAUGGUCAACCAAAGCGGCUCGGAUCUCAUCAGAAAUUAUGGUCCUUGGCCUUCCUCAUCCUCGUCCUCCCUGUCCUCCUCCUCUUACUCUCACUCCUCUGCCUCUGUUUCCAAUGUUGGCAUCCAUUGCUCAAAAACAGAAAAGUUCACCUGUUGCCCUUUUAUUCUAAAGCUCUGAUUGCUAAUUGUAAAACUGUGUGACAGGUGUUUGCCCAUGUGAUGAGUCAGUGUGCGUAUUUGAAUGGCCGUGUGUUCUUUGUGAAAACAAAAGAUUUUCUUCAUGAAAAUUGUGCCAAAUGCAAGGAAUUGUGUGUAGUGUUUGGAAAAAAGUGUGUGUUAGAACUGCAAUUUGAGUGUAAAGCAGGAAUUGUGCUUGUAGUUUAGCACAAUUGGUUCAUGGGGUUGGUGCAUGAGUUACAUGUUGUGGUCAUUGUGUCUCAAGUACCAGUAUUUGUGUGUAAACAAUUGAGAAAAACUGUAAAUGUAUACAGAACAAAACAACUUGUUGGCCCGUUCACACUGUUCAAUAGAUUUACUUUAAAUGCAUAAUCUGUAUCUUGGCUUUACAACACUAGAGUUAAAAUACAAAAUUGCUAUGAAAUAGACAAAUGGCAAGUAUGUCAAAGUGUAUAUGUAUUUAUUUAUAAUCACUAUUGACACUUGAUCUUAAGGACCAAAGGUGGAAGACAUUGACAAUGUUAUAAUGGGAUGGGGAUGUUUUCUGCACCUUAUUGUGUUGGUCUCCUGUGGCAACAAUUCUAAUGUCAUGUCAAUCUUGGCUGUGCUCUGUCUUGAUAAAGCACUUAUCUCUGUCUAUAUAAUCAGAGUGGAUGUUAGGUUCUUUGCAUGUUGUGUUUAUUUGGUACAAUUUUGGCUCGUAAUAAUAAUAUGGCUAGUAUUAUUUUACAGUAUUUAGCUUUGAUGCGAAAAGUGUUUUAUCAAAAUACUUAUGCCAUGUAUACCCAAGUGAGUUACACAAGUCUUUCAUGUUAUUGAAAUGUGUAUUAGUUUAAACUGCCUUCAAUUUGUGCCUUGCUUUUUUGCAGACACAUAUCAUCCCAGUAGUGGUUGGUGUGUCAUACAUGUAGGUUAACAUGUUUGUUGUUAUAAGUGUGAUAAUAUAAAGGAUUGUUGUCUGUGUACGGUAGACUAGGUUCCUUCCUGCUGCAAAGUGUAUUUAAAUGAAACAUUUAUGGAUUUCAUUGUAUCUUGCUUCUGUGACAAGACGACGCAAAUAUCUAUCCUGUCAACUAACUUCUUGAACAGUCAGUGUGUAUAGCACACAAACAGCCACCUAGUGGCCAUGGAAGUUCUUCCGAAAAACAAUGUGUUGAGCUGCAUACCGUACAUACUGGUUUACUAAUGUUGAAAUAAAUAGUUGCCUUUGGGCCAUGUCAUAAUGCUACAA